GAAUCAGCCGUCUCCCCUGUUGGGAAAUUAAGGGCGGGGCAACUUUCCCCCCAAAAUUUUCACUGUGAGUUCAGGUUUUCUCAGGGUUUUUAAGAGAAACCCCUUGAAAACCCAGGCUGGAAAACCCGGGGUUGGGUACAAGUUUAAAGAUUUCUGCUUUCCUCGGUGAAAUUAGGGUUUCCAGUGGUUUGGGCUGAUUUUGAAUCUAGGGUUUUAGACAGCUGGUUGUGGGGGGGUUUCUGUCGGGUUGGUUUUUGUAAUUGGGUUGUUCUUGGGGUUUUGGGUGAAUUGAGAAUUUAGGGUUUUAGAGCAGUUAGGGUUUCUUUGUUUUUGGGUAAAGUUAGGGUUCUUUGAAGGAUGGAUUCUGAUCAAGGGAAACUCUUUGUGGGAGGCAUAUCGCGAGAGACUAGUGAAGAUACCUUAAAGGGUCAUUUUAGCAAGUAUGGCACCGUUUUGAGCUCGGUGGUGGCUAGGGACAGGAUCACGAAAAGCCCCAGGGGUUUUGGCUUUGUUCUGUUUUCAGAGCCUUCUGCAGCUGACAAAGCACUUCAAGACACCCAUGUUAUUCUUGGAAGAACGGUAGAAGUGAAAAAGGCAAUCCCAAGAAGUGAACAACAUCAAAACCAACAGCAACAGCAGCAACAACAUCCUAACCCCAGCCAAGAACGCAGUGGUGGGUUGAACCAAAAUUGUAGGAAUGAUGACAGCAAAAAUCAGCUCAAGACUAAAAAGAUUUUUGUAGGGGGUUUAUCAGCUAGUCUAACUGAAGAUGAGUUCAGGAACUAUUUCUCAAGGUUUGGUAGGAUAACAGAUGUUGUUGUGAUGCAUGACAGCACAACCAAUCGACCAAGGGGAUUUGGGUUUGUUACUUUUGACUCAGAGGAUUCUGUUGAGAAUGUUAUGCAGAAGACUUUCCAUGAGUUAAAUAGUAGGUUUGUUGAAGUCAAACGUGCUGUGCCAAAAGAUGGAAGUAAUGGUAGUAAUAAUAAUUAUAUUUCAAAGGGCGGUGUUGGAAGUAGGUCUCCUUAUGAUGGAUUUCAGCCUUUUGAGUAUCCUCCAAGUGGUCUUGGAUAUGAAGUUUUUCCUGGCUAUGCUACUUUUCCAGGGUAUAAUGGUGUUGGAGCUUAUCCUUAUACAGUAGGCUUUUAUGGCGGUGGGUACCCUGCCGUAGGGUAUGGUAGGAUUGGUUAUGGCAUGAGUACUGUUGCCCCUAGGGGCCCUUUGUAUCCCCCAGUGAUCCUUGGAGGAAGGGUUUGCACUGUGCUGCCAUAUGGUGGUGCUGAUGCUUGUGGUUAUACUGCUUACAUGAAUGGUGGGGUUGGUAUGAUGGGUACAAUGGCUGGUGGGAACUGGGUUAUGAGGCCUGAAGUGGAUGGGCAGUUGGAUCAGGUUGUUGGUAGCAAUGAAGAUCAGCCUGCUAAUGCCACAUCACCUCAGAUUGAAGGGAUAAAAUCUGAUAUUGAUCCUUCAGGUGUAACAAAAAGUAGUGGUGGUGCUUAUGGCAAGCAGAAUCAGAGAGCUCCUGAUGGGAAAUCAGAGCCUUUACCUGUAGGUGAUUCUAGAUAACUACCUUGUGCAUUUCAAGACAGUGACGAGUUAGUAAAUUCUUUCACAGUAUGGGUCAUGACUUCUAACCAUCAGUGUUUAAAUGUCCUUAAUUUUUUAGAUGUUAUUCUGUUUUAGUAAAUUCGUAAUCAUGUUGCAUGCUAUAUGUCAUCUGUGGUUUUCUUGGUUUGUGAGUACAGGAUUGUGCACUCUGUAAUAUAACUGCAUUUCAUUCUUCUCCUGGCUCUUCCUACCAUUCUGUUAUGCCUUGAGAAAGACCAUCUAAACAAGCCCGUAUGCUGGAAGCAGCAUACCUUCUUUCU